UAGAUAUAUAAAAGUAUAAUAUAAGCCUCUUUACAUAUUUUUUUGGGGCUAAACUUGGACAGAAAUAAAAUGGCAAUCAGAACCAGUUGCUGCUUCAAUUUAGCCCCUCCAACACCAACCCGUCCUCCUUUCCCUCCUAGGACAUCUCAAAUCCCAAGGAAUAAACAAGAGGAAAUACCAAAUGGAAGUAGAAGUAGAAUUAGUGCGUGCGCAAUAGGGCUGAGUUGCAUAAUAAUUGGAUUGGAAACGGGAAGUUUAGCAAGUAGCGAAACCCAGUAUGCAAUUGCAAAAGAAGAAAUGUUGCCAAUUGGAGUUGGAGUAGAAAUGGACGGAUCGAGUUCAAAUAAGGUUGCAAAAUGGAGUGACAAAAGAAUGUGUUCGCCUUGGCGACUCAAUUCGCUCGAAACCAUCGUGCCGGAGAACCUUCCCAGGCCAUCAGCUCACCGGAGAUGGGAAGCCGUUGGAUAUUCAAAGAAUGCUCCACCUCUAAAAUUGGUCAUUAGAACAACCUCCAACUGCUUUUCUAUGUAAUUAGUUUUCUUCUUCUGAGCUGCUUUGUAUCAUAUUAUCGAAUUAUUGAUGUCUAUAUCAAUGAAAAGAAAAACAUGGCUUUCUCA